UUUCUUGCUAAGAUUUUGCAGAGAGAAGGACGCCAGGCGAGGAACGCAAUGGCCCAGGCGCCUCUUUCCAGCUAUGUUUGAAAUCAUCUGUUCCCCUGUAUAAAGAUGUCACUGGUGGACCUGGGGAAGAAGCUCCUGGAAGCGGCCCGCCAAGGCCAGGAUGACGAAGUCAGGCUGCUGAUGGCCAACGGAGCCCCCUUCACCACUGACUGGCUGGGAAUAUCGGCCCUUCAUCUCGCCGCUCAGCACGGCCAUUAUUCGACGGCUGAAGUCCUACUCCGGGCCGGAGUGAGUCGAGAUGCUCGGACCAAGGUGAACCGGACGCCCCUCCAUAUGGCGGCUGCGGAUGGUCACUGCCACGUUGUCGAGCUGCUGGUCAGGAACGGCGCCAACGUGAACGCCAAGGACAUGCUGAAGAUGACCGCCCUGCACUGGGCCACCGAACACAACCACCGAGAUGUCAUCGAGCUGCUUCUCAAACACGGGGCGGACGUCCACGCCUUCAGCAAAUUUGGCAAGUCCGCUUUCGACAUCGCUUUGGACAAGAAAAAUCCCGAAACUCUGUUGCUGCUGCAGGAAGCGAUGCAGAAUCUAGUCACCGCCAACCCCGAGAGGCUGCAUGAUGUCCCAGGCUCUGUGACGGUGACCCAGCCCUUCAUUCUGGUUUCCGGAGAAUUGCUGAACCUGGCCAGCCUCGUUUCUUCAGUGGAUACCAAAGCAACCUCAGGAGAUUCCAUUGUUUCCAGGGGGCGGUUUCUAGACUCUGCCACCUCUGUCCUUGCUACCCUGGCGGCCAUUGCAGAGGCCUCUGGCCCCAUUUCCAGUGCCAACCAAAUUCCUGCUGUCUCGGGAGAAAUUGUGGAAACUCUACCAGCCGACGCUUCCCUCCGGCAGGCGGUCGGUAGCGGCCAGCACGUCCUCACACUUGUGACGGAGGGCGUCCCUCUGGGUCAUCUGCCGGCCGCUCACCUGGGGCAACAGUUCAUUGUAAUGAUGCAGAAGGAGCAGGAAG